GCUUUGCAAUGAUCACCCACAAAAUCCAAAUCAGACAGCAGACGAUGGCAUCGGCAGCGCCAUACGCCAGCAGCCUACCUUGCCUGACAAAACCACGACCACCACCGCCGGGAUUCAUCUCCCCUCCGCCGUCUCGCUCCGGCCUCCACCUUCGAACCCGACCUACCAAGACCAGGAGACCAAUCGUCGGCGCAGCAGGAUCCCUCCCCUCCUCCUCCAUGGCCGCAGCCCAGCCUCAGACGCGCGAUGUCCCACAAGAAGGGGCGGAGGAGACAAUGAAGCUGCUGUUCGUCGAGAUGGGCGUCGGGUACGACCAGCACGGCCAGGACAUCACCGCCGCCGCCGUGCGCGCCUGCAAGGACGCCAUCUCCUCCAACUCCAUCCCCGCCUUCCGCCGAGGGUCGAUACCGGGGGUGAACAGCGAGCAGAUGAAGCUGCAGAUCAAACUCGGCGUGCCAAGGCCGGUGCAGCAUCUGUUGGACUUCCAGAGAAUUAAGGCCGUCUUCCCCUACGGCGAGAUCACUAGCUGCGAGGUUGUUGACGGUGGGAUGAUCUGUUCGAGUGGAACAUGCAUCGAAGCAAUGGGAGAUAAAAAUGACGACUGCUAUAUUGUCAACGCCGCAGUCUACGUCGGUUACUAAUGUCAGUGUAAGGAAUCAUGUCUUGGAACAGAAGACUGGGAGAUUUCCUAAGCAAUAAUCAUGUAACUGUCAUGAACAGACAAAUUAUAGUCAGGGGGGAGUCCAAAGAGGCCUCCUUGUACUCCCACUACCUAGCAGCGCAUUGUAACCUCGUUCGUUAUGUUACCAUGGAUGGCGAUGUCGUUGUUAGCCUCAUAGUUGUAAUUCACAUGAAUUGGCCUGUACAUUUUCACUGUGUGCUCUAA